AUGUCUUUUCUACGCAAAGAGAAGAAACCUCGUGAUUCCAGCUUGUCGGGUCCAAACAAGGAGUCCUCAGGUCCCGGAGAAGCCAAUUUAACGGCCGACGAUCAUUCGGAAGACUACUUCAAUACCCCAACCGGCUCAGCCAAUUCUCCCAAAAAUGGCAGUGGCCAGGAAGAUUACAGCCCACGGUCAUCGGUGGUAGCACUUCCCGCUGAAAUCAACGAGAUAUCUCCGAAAAACGAUGGUAAUGCUCAGGUAAAAGAUGACUACCAUGGGUUCCACGCCAACCGGCGCCCAUUGGGUGGCCACAAUAUCCCACCAUUCUCACAGCCCAUCAAGCCACGAUUCAAGAAGAGAGGCACAAGACUUUUGGGCAAGUUGAUCUACUCGAGUCGCAAGGACUCGGAACCUUCUGAUCGUCUUCGGUUUGACUCGGAUGAAUCGGGCCACGAUCUGAUGGCUCUGACCUCGGCUAAUCCUCCUCGUUCCACGUCCAUGGCUUCUACCGGUUCUGGUAACCGUAAGAGCGCAAGCUCGGCCUCGUCGUCUCUGUCUAAACACAAGUUCCGCAUUCCAUCGUUGACAGAACGCCGACAAUCCACCCAGGAGGAACCCACCACGACCCACCACGAUUCCAAUGCAUUUGCUCUCGACAUGAACUUGGACGAAAUGCACGAUAUUUUAAAAUCUCCUACAAAAACUCCAGAACCAGACGUCCUUCCGGAGCGGAUCCAAUACAAAAAAAACACCAUCAUCAAAUUCUGUCGUCGACUCUCGAGUUGGCAAUUCCGACGAAAAACCAGCUACUGGAACCUGGAAGGCUCCAGACAGUUGGGAUGUCAAAGGUGA